UGGACGCAAGCCUCUGGCAGGGGAGCUUCCGUUUGAAAGGCACGCACGCUGCGCUUCCCUUUUUCAAGCCUCUCUCCCAUCCUAAUCGAGAGCAGUAACCCACUUAAAGCAGCCCACGGUUCGUUGCCGACUGCAGUUCGGGUUACCCGAAGGAAGAGAAAGCUGCAUGAAACCGUGUUCAAAUGGGAGACACUUGAUGUAUACAAAGAGAGAAGAUAAUGGUGAAGCAUGACAUCAACAACAUUGUUUUUGUGCAGUAUAACAGUAUUUCUUUAUUCAGUCAAGGCAGAGGAAUGCAAAGUCCUAUGAGGUGGAAUGAUGUGUUUCUUAAGCAAAAUUUUGUACAUGAAGGGCAGCCACUUGCUGUCAACUGUUCAGUAGAUAAAACACUGAAUUUUGAAAACACAGACUACAACUUGACUUGGUACAAAACUGGUAGCCAAACAUCUGUGGCUAAAGACAAACAUUCCAGAAUUCACCAGCAAAAGAACUUCAUUUGGUUUCUCCCUGCAACUUUAGAAGAUUCAGGAUCCUAUGAAUGUGUUAUAAGGAAUUUAUCAAGCUAGAAAAUAUAUAUGAACCUAAUAGUUUUCAAGAAUAUUUAUGGUUUAUGCUUUAAUGAAAAAUUUGCCAUCGGGGAGGAUACUAAAUCGUCACAGGCUAAGGUUGUGUGUCCUCAUUUGGAUUAUUUCAGAGAUGAGGAGAAUACUUUGCCCCUUCAGUGGUAUAAGGAGUGUAAGCUGCUUGAAGAGGAAAGGUUUGUCUCUUCCAAUGAUUACCUUGUGAUUAAAAAUGCAACUCUACAUGACAAAGGAAACUACACAUGCAGAACAUCAUAUACUUACAAGGGAAAACAAUAUAACAUUUCACGAGACAUUAGUCUAACUGUGACAGUGAGUCCACUGAACAUACCACCAGAAAUAUUUUACCCAAGAAACAAUUCCAUUGAAGUAGAAGUUGGCUCACGUGUCAUAGUGGACUGCAAUGUCACAGGUGCUGAAGUGUUUCAAGUGUACUGGACAGUCAAUGACACAUACAUUGAUAUAUAUUAUAAAAGUAGAAUUUUUGAAGAGGAAGAUUAUGAAGAAGAAACUUUCUAUGAUGGACGCCUUCUCACUACGGUGAGGCUCAACAUUUCUGAAGUGAAUAGCGAGGAUUACGAACAUCACUUUGUCUGCCAUGCUUUGAAUUCCUUUGGUCAAGUUGCAACAUAUAUAGCAUUAAAACACAGAGUUGCAGAUAUUCACAAAUCACUGACUGGAGGAUUCAUUGCAUUGUUGCUUUUAACAGUUGUUACUUUAUUAAUCUUCAAGCUUUUCAAGAUUGACGUUGUGCUUUGGUAUCGUAGUUCUUGCUGUGCUCUUGUAAAGAAAGAAGCUUCAGAUGGGAAGAUCUAUGAUGCAUAUGUCAUGUAUCCAAAAGCCAGUGGGGUGAGAUGUGUCUACACCCUGAACAAUUUUGUUCUGAGAAUACUGCCUGAGGUCUUAGAGAAACAGUGUGGAUAUAAUCUUUUUAUACUUGGAAGGGAUGAUUUACUAGGGGAAGCGGUGGUCAAUGUUAUUGAUGAAACCAUCAAACAAAGCAGAAGACUGAUGAUAAUUUUAGAAUCAGAGGCAUCGAGUUACAAUGUAUUAGAAGAUACCUUUGAACAGCAACUGGCUGUGUACAAUGCUCUUAUCCGCGAUGAAAUAAAAAUUAUUCUGAUUGAACUAGAUAAAAUACAGGACUACACGAACAUGCCAGAAUCCAUCAAAUACAUUAAACAAAAGCAUGGGGCCAUCAGGUGGAAAGGGGACUUCACAGAGAAAUCUCACUCAGCGAAUACAAAGUUCUGGAAAAAUGUGAGAUACCGAAUGCCACCCAGACAAACAGUGUCUUCUUUGGAUCCAAAAACUUUCAGAUAUUCUGCAGCAACUGAAAGAUGAUGAUUUUGUAUUUUAAUGGCACAGACCAGCUCACUUUAAAAUAUUUACUAUUUGUCUUCAGAAGCUUUUACUGUGUAUUACCAACUGAUCACCCCACUCACUUAAAUGCUUUCAAGAUUAAAAAGACCCCCUAUAACAUGAAUUUUGUUGUUGAUUAAAAAAUUCAGUUACCACUAUGCCAUUGUGCAGCUAUUGGGAGGUAUCUGAAUCGUUGUCUCAGUAUCUUGGAUAUUUAAAGCUGACAUGUAGCAAAUGCAGUGGCACAUAAUUUUUGCAAUUUCUUUAAAGAAACGUUAUUGCAGAGAAGUUUUUUUUUAAAGUUGAGAUUAAAUAACAAAUACAAUUAAAUGAACAUUCAUUAUGUCUA